ACGAAGCGCAUCGACGACGACGCAAUUCGUUCGCGAGACCUGAGAUCUCCCAGUGUCGCCUUAAUAAAACACGAGUCCCCCCAGCGAUCUGAAACCCGUGCACCACAUACCAGCAAUACCGCAGCGAUGCCGUCGGAACGCGACUACCAAAUUUCCCCCAUUGUGCAGGAAUCCGUGAUGCACAACACCAAGACCCUAUCAAACUUGCAAAGUCUUUCGGCAUCUCUCUUCGGUGUCGCGGCCGGCAUCCUCGGUCUCGAAUCAUACAACGGCUUCCUGUUCUACCUCAUCUUCUCCUUCAUCACCGCCGGCUUGUUCUACAUUCUACGCAUCGCUCCCGAAUCGACAUCAGCAGGUCUGCCAUUCCUCAGCACGAGCCGUUACUUCAAGGGACCGUUCGACUUCUGGACAAGUGGACUGCUUGGAGGUCUCUCUGGAUUCAUUCUCACCUGGACGUUAUUCUACGGUUUGGUGAGGGCAUGA